CGAGAAUAUAAUUUUUAAUUUUUAUAAACCUCUUCAUAGUUAUUUUGAUACAUAUUUCUUCGAUUAGCUGUUCGUAGUUCGUGAAUGUUUAUUAUAAUAUUUGAUUCAUUUCAAAUUACCUAAUUAUUAAUUAAUCAUCAAUCGUCACCAAAAUGCUGAUGGCGUUAAACCGUCAUAUGUUGCAUAAUAGUCUUUUGAAGUUUCAACAACAUAUAGCAACCUCCAGCAAUACAUUGAAAGUUGUUGCUUCAAAUGCGGUGGCUAAUAACAAUGGAUUGACCCAAACAAUUAAAAGAUCUAGUUCGUUUCAACAACAAUCGUCUUCUUCAGAUAGUGAAGGAGAUGAAACUUUAAAAAACAACCCAUAUUACACAGCUUAUGCCGAGAAAUUGCGAGAUCUUAAAAAAAAAAAUGCAAGUGCCUACAGAGAAGCAUUACAACGCUUACGUGAAAAACAACAAGAGACUACUAAUACUGUUGAUGCGACAGUAGCAAAUACUACAGAAACAGUGUCUGAAAAAAUAAACAUUACUGAAGCUAAACCACAAGCAAAACCAAAACGAAGACCAUCCCAGUCACUACUGAUCAAACCAAAAACUCUAGAACAAGUUAUGAACAUAGAAUUGUUACGUGACAAAUCAUGGCGAGAUGUAUCUGAAAUAUGGUUGGCGUAUCAUAGGACACGUGAUGAAACUCUGAGUGCAGUUAUUCCUCUAAACCAGUUUGAAAAAUUUUAUAGUCAGUCUAUUAAAUAUCCCAUGUUUAUAUUGCCACUUCCACGCAACACUAGUGGUUAUGAAUUCAUAUUUGCACAGUUCCAGCACUAUCAAGAACAUUCAACGUCUAAUUGCACAGUUCACUUGACACCAUUGAUUAGUUAUCAGACAUACAAUGAAAACGCGCCAGAGUGUAUGACUAUUGAAUAUUAUACUGACCUUUGCAACAAUGAUAAAGCUAUUGAAAACAGUGGAUCUGAUAAUGAAUCGUGUGUCUUGAUGAGAUCUACAUACGAUGGAAAACUAUUAUCUGCUGCUGAAGCAGCUUGCCUUGUCAACCAGUUACGUAUAUUUUACGGAGUAGAUUCUGGAGUUGCUGACAAAGAAAAACUUUUAAAAUCAUUCAACGAAGGAGAUGUAACUUUCAAACACUCUGACGUAAUUGCUCUUGUAGAAACCUUGAGCAUUUAAAAAUAUUAAAUAAUUCAUAAGAGCAGAAAGUGUCUCUCAAACAUAGAAUUUUUUUUUUUAUAAAUUCUAAAGUAGGUAUGCAAUCGAUGUGUAUUUAUAAAAUAAAUACUACUUAGCAAUAA